GCUUUCCCCACGCUGCCGUUUUGACCCCUUAUACCGUCCCUUAACGAAAAGCGUCACUACCGGUCUCCGUCCUAACUCCCCUCGGUUCUCUGACUUCUCGGUGUCGUCUCCGAUUCUGCGACAAUCUCAGAGGGUAUAGAAGGUCCCGGACGAUGAGUAACGUUUUUGAGGGAUAUGAACGCCAGUACUGCGAGCUCUCGGCUAAUCUAUCAAAAAAGUGCACUGGAGCUUUUGCUCUCAACGGAGAGCAAAAGAAGCAAAAAGUUUCGGAAAUAAAGGCUGGAAUUGAUGAAGCAGAAGCUUUGAUUCGAAAAAUGGACCUUGAGGCAAGAAGUUUGCAACCAAACGUCAAGGCUGUGCUUCUUGCUAAGUUGCGGGAGUACAAGUCAGAUUUGAAUAAUCUUAAAAGUGAAGUUAAGAAAAUUGUAUCUGGUAACUUGAACCCUUCUGCUCGGGAUGAGUUGUUGGAAUCAGGCAUGACAGAUGCUUUGACGGCAUCAUCUGAUCAGAGAGCAAGAUUAAUGAUGUCAACCGAGAGGUUAAACAAGUCUGGUGACAGAAUUAAGGACAGCAGAAGAACAAUGUUGGAAACAGAAGAGCUCGGUGUUUCAAUUCUUCAAGAUUUGCAUUCACAACGGCAAUCUUUGUUGCAUGCACAUGACACGCUUCAUGGAGUUGAUGAUAAUAUAGGCAAGAGCAAAAGAAUUUUGUCUAACAUGUCAAGAAGGAUGAGCAAGAAUAAGUGGAUUAUUGGCGGCAUCAUCGCAGUCUUGGUUAUAGUUAUUGCCUUAAUUCUGUACUUUAAACUCCGCAAAUAGCCAAGACCAGACGUUUUCUGGUAUCGGUUCAAAAAUUGCCUAGGUAUAUGGCUGAGAAUUAUUUCCAAUUCCCCCCCCCCCGGGUUUCCUUUUGUUUAACUCUGGUUUGUGAUUGCUCGGACAGAUUUCCGCUGGCUAAUUUGACUCUGUUUGCUUCUCGAAGUGUAUGGCAUGUAUAUGCUGGCUUUGCCAGGUCUGGAAUUCUGGUUGUGUAUUGAUUAUCGGCUAUUGCAUGAAUUGUAUUAUGAUAUAAAGAUUCACGGUGGUUAUAACGGGGAGAGGGUUGGUUUUUAAUCA